UCAGCCGUCUCCAGUCCCCACAUAACAGAUCUUUGAAUAAUCAACGGGCUAGUUGUGUAUAUAAAUAAGCGAGUAAGACUGGUUGAAGCACGUAUUGGUUUUCUGGUCUUCUUUGGAGUCGGAGAAAGAAAGAGCGAGAGAGAGAGAGAGAGAGAGAGGGGAGGAGACUUUGAAGUUCUGGUGUGGAUUUGUAGGUGAGAGUUCUUGUUUUAUGUUCAUUAUGACUUUGGAAAACUAAUGGGUUUGGUUUAACUUGGUUCUCUUCAUUCUCCUGUUGCCGCGAACGUUUGAGGGGUUUUAGCUGUCGCUGUGGUUUUGGAUCUUGUUUAAGUGUUUGAUAAUUUGAUUCUGUGACCCUCUCCGUUGCUUGCUUAUACGAUAUCCCCACAUAUUUCCCCUCUCUGUUAUAAAUUGGAGGAUUCUGAUCAUUCAUUUCCCUUUUGGUCUCUAACCUUUGAAGAAGAAAACUUUGGAGGCUGCUUAGUUUGUCCUUUGCUGUUCAAUUUUGUUGUAUGUCAUUUUCUUGUUGCUCUUGGUUUGAGCACUUUGGUACCACAUAUUGAAAUCUUUGGGCGCUUACAAACUGAUGGGUCUUUCGCUUUCAUUACUUUUCUCUGCAUGGAGUGAAAUCUUGAGGCAUGAGUUUUCUGAUUUGAUGGCGGUUCUUGUGAGGUCCAUAAGCUUUGAAAGAAACAGUGGAAAGAUGGUCAUGAGAACAAAGAGCUUCGGCAAACAAAAUUCUGGAAAAACUAACGAUUUUGAUAUAUCAAAUGGGGUGUCUAAGGCAUCUGAUGCAUUAAAAUACAUGACGCAAGAUGAUCAUAAAAUGGUCCCCAUGGCAAAGCCAACGAUAACAAUUCCCAAACCAAUAUUCUCACCCAGGCCCGUCAGUGAGCUUGAUGCUGCUGCUACUAAGGUUCAAAAGGUUUACAAGAGUUAUCGGACAAGAAGGAACCUUGCAGAUUGUGCAGUUGUGGUUGAGGAGCUCUGGUGGAAGGCCUUGGAUUUUGCAUCUUUGAAACGCAGCUCAGUAUCUUUCUUCAACAUUGAGAAACCAGAAACUGCUGUCUCACGGUGGGCACGAGCUAAAACAAGGGCCGCGAAGGUUGGAAAGGGGUUAUCCAAGGAUGAGAAGGCCCAGAAACUAGCUUUACAACACUGGCUAGAAGCUAUUGAUCCCCGACAUCGGUACGGACACAAUCUACACUUCUACUAUGAUGUCUGGUCUGAAAGCAAGAGCUCACAACCUUUCUUCUACUGGUUGGAUGUUGGUGACGGUAAAGAAGUAAAUCUUGAGAAGUGCCCCAGGACCGUUCUACAACGCGAAUGCAUUGAAUAUCUUGGACCUAUAGAAAGGGAAUCAUACGAAGUAACUGUAGAAAGUGGAAAGCUUGUGUAUAAGCAGACUGGGAUGCUUGUUAAUACCAAUGAGGGUUCUAAAUGGAUUUUUGUGCUUAGCACAUCAAGAAAUUUGUAUGUGGGGAGCAAGAAGAAAGGUGUCUUUCAGCACUCAAGUUUCUUGUCUGGCGGGGCGACAACAGCUGCUGGGAGGUUGGUUUCCAGUGAUGGUGUUCUUGAGGCUAUAUGGCCGUACAGUGGUCACUAUCUCCCAACAGAAGACAAUUUCAAAGAAUUCAUUAGUUUCCUCAAGGAGCAUGAUGUAGACUUGAGCAAUGUUAAGAGAUAUGCUGUAGAUGAUGACAAUGCCUCAUUUAUAGUUACUGGUGAAGUGUCUAAGCCAGAGGAUGUGAAGGGUCAAUCCAUUACUGCGCCACCAACAAACACCAGCUGUGCUGAUGUUAACAGGUCCAUUAUUGGUUCAUCCAUCUCAACCGAUGAGCAAGUCAGUGUGGGCACCAACGCAGCCAGAGUUGAAGCACCAGUAUUUGACUCAGCCGAACGUUUGACAUGCAGGUGGACCAGUGGAGUUGGCCCCCGUAUAGGUUGUGUUAGGGACUACCCAACUGACCUCCAAUCCAGGGCACUUGAGAAGGUUAAUUUAUCGCCUGGAGCCGAUCCUCGCCGCCAAGAAAGACGCCUCCCUAUCCCGUCGCCACGUCCAAGUCCUAAGAUCCGCCUCUCUCCCAGGCUAGCUUACAUGGGACUCCCUAGCCCCCGCUUAUCGGUUCCCGCUGCAAGAUAGAUUUGGCAGUCACCAUGGUGAAUGUCAAUGGGAAAAAAAGGGGUUUUUAACGCCAUAGUACUUGAUGGGUACUUCUUCUGCUCUCAUUAGGGACAGUUGCUAGCCUAAUAACCAAAUGACUUGAGUAGUUGAGCAUUCUUUAUUUCUUCAUUUCUUGUUAGCUUCACCUGCCAUCUUGUUCAACUUGUUGCUUCAACUUUUUUUUUCUAUUCGUUCUUUCUAUUAAGUUGUAAAUAUUGGUAGUUCUUUGGUAUUAUUGGAGGUUCAUCAGGAUUAAUGAAAUUUCUCCUCUAGUUCCCUUUUUCUUUUC